AUGGACGCUCGGAGCGACGCAGGAGCAGCGAAGCAGGAGCAGCCGGCGGGGUCCGCCGCCGCCGCCGCCGCCGCCGUCACACGCGCAUCCGACACAUUCAUAUUCCCACUCUGGAUCGACGUCUACACCGGUGCCGUCUGCAGCAGGGGCGAUGGCGGCGAGGGGCUUGCGGAACUCAGACAAUUCGCUGGUAGCGGGGGGAAGUUCACCGCCGUUGUGCCCGGCAACACCGACGGCCGCGGAUUCCGGGUUGGCGACAAUGGGGUCAACUGCCAUGGCCCAACGGCUGCCCCUUCCACGUCCUCUGUUGCGGCAAUUGGUGGUAAGGUUCAGGCGGCUGGAAAUGCGGAGGCUUUGGUGGCUGCGGCUGAGGCGGCAAAGAUGGGGGAGUGGGAGCUAGAGCUGGCGGGCGCGGCUGCAGCGGCAGUACCGGCUGAAGACGUUAGCCCGCUGCGCAGGGGAACGAGAAGUGUGAGGACGUUGGCUGCAUGCGCAUGUAGCAGCUGCGGUGACGCCAUCAUCGCUUCCGGUACCAACGGAAGCUACAGCCUUGCGAACAGUAGCAGUAGCAGCCCUCCGCCAUUGGUGGUGCUACAGCCGCAAGAGCCGCCGGUCCCCCGGCCUCCGCCAUACGUGCGCGCCUAUACCGACGGCCGCAGUCCGUCCUUCAAGUUGCCUCUGCCGUACCAGGUGUUGGCCCAGGUGACGCUGGGUCUGUACGUCGGCUGGCCGUACCUACUGCUCAUGUUGGCAGUAGCAGCUCUCUGGGGAUCGGUCACGGCGGCUGUCGUACUGGCUGUGCUUAUGCUAGCGGGCAGCCUGGGCAGCUUGCUGUGGCCUGGCCACCCCAUGUACUGUCUGGCUGCGUCCUGCGUCUUCUACGUGCCCCUCUGGCGCCACAUCAAGUCCUGGAUGGGCGCAGCACCCGCACACCGGGAUACUGCCAUGCACCUGCUGAAGACCCGCGGGUCUGUGGCGGUGUUGCCCGGGGGAAUAGCGGAGAUGUUCGCCCAGGCGGAGGUGGGUGGCUCGGAGCGGGAGCGCAUCAAGAUGCUGGGCCGCCGUGGGUUUGUGAGGCUGGCGCUGGAGACAGGCGUGCCCAUCGUACCCGUGUACCACUUUGGAAACAGCCAGCUGCUUUCCUUCGGGCCUGCGGCUCUGCAGCCUCUUUCUCGAAAGUUGCGAGUGGCGCUUGGGACUAUUAUGGGACUGUGGGGGCUGCCCGUACCGCGACCCCAACCGCUGUUCAUGUGCAUCGGGCGCGCUGUCCGCGUGCCGUACACCGACCCACAUGACGAACGCUUCGAGCAACUGGUGGACGAGACGCUUGAGAAGGUGGUGGCGGCAUUCCAGAGGUUGUAUAACGAGUACGGCAGCGAGUACGGCUGGCCGGAUCGACCUCUGGAGGUCUGGUAA